UGACAUUUUAUCAGUGAGAAUGUUAACGCCCCACUCCUGCCUGGAGGAUCUCAGCCAUGCAAGACGCUUUGAUGCAAAGACACCGCCUCUAUUUCCAACCCAGGUUAAGGGGUUUCCAACAGAACGAUCCACGUUUAUAUUAAUACAGCUUCCAAGAAAGCAAGACCUUAAGUCCCUUCUCAGCCAGGGCCUCAUAUUAAUCCCUUUCAUUCUGGCGAGCUUGCUUUGAUCGAUUAAAAAAAAUCGCUCCAUUCCAAUUUUACCUACACUCUCCUCCUCCUCCUUCGCCCCAGUCCUCUAACGACCCUGCCUCUGCCUUCGAGGAGACGCCCUGUGGUUUCUCGGUCGGACUUCCGGGUGGGAUGCCUUGCCGCGUUGCUGGUCGGCCUGAAAGUAACUCUAAAGAGUGCGUGGGUCGGAGGACAUCCGGGCUGAGGCGUCAGCACCUUUCUCCCACCGCGGGAUCCUGGGUUUGAGGAUCAGGAGCCUCUGAAAUGGCUUUCUCAGGGCAUCUUUCCCUCUCAGUGAAGGGCCAGAUGUUUGCUGGCGGACAGUAAAAAUGCAAGGUGCGGGUCGUGCCUCGCCCAUAUGUCCUCAGUUCUCACAAACUCCGGAGAGUGAGUGUCACCAUUUCCCCCGUUUAAAUGGGGAGGAAACAAGAGCCUAAGUACCAAGCCCAGGCCAUUAAGUCAGGAACUGGAGAGCAGGGAGCCCAACCUCCUUUUUUGGACUCCAAAACCUGUGCUUUGACACCGCGCCGCGGCUUCUCCCAAGAAAGGUCCCGGAGAGGGGCGCCGCCACCUGCAGCACUGUCCCGCCGCCCCCUGGAGAGCCGAAAAACACCUAGGAUGGGAGACUAACGCCACAAUCGGGGAAAAGGAGGCCACGCGGGCAUUGAAAUCACGACUGGUGUGUGGACCAAUCCCAGGAUCUUAAAAAAGCGAAAGGGGCGGGUUUAUGCAAAACAAACUGAGCAGAGAGCAGGCGGCGGAAGAAGUAGAGGACGUUUAAAUAGGUCUGUUUCCAAAAUAUAGCCACACUAUAAAGAAAGAAUAAUGAAAACUGUGUUUCGGAAUUAUAAUGUAUUGGGAGAUAUUUAACAUUUAAUGCCUGGACAGUUACCAUAACUGAUUGGAAGAUGGGAAGGAUAAGGCUGCCGAGGCGACCAAAACCAACUACACUACGCUGCAUCGGACUCGACGCCCGCUGGUGACGCACACGCUGCGCCGGAAGUGCGAACUGUCUGCCUCCAGGCUUUGUCAUGGCGGCUGCUGCUGCACGCUGGAACCACGUGUGGGUCGGCACCGAGACUGGGAUCUUGAAAGGGGUAAAUCUUCAGCGAAAACAGGCGGCGAACUUCACGGCCGGAGGACAGCCGCGGCGCGAGGAGGCAGUGAGCGCCCUGUGUUGGGGCACCGGCGGCGAGACCCAGAUCCUGGUGGGCUGCGCGGACAGGACGGUGAAGCACUUCAGCACCGAGGAUGGCAUAUUCCAGGGUCAGAGACACUGCCCGGGCGGGGAGGGCACGUUCCGUGGCCUCGCCCAGGCCGACGGCUCCCUCAUCACAUGUGUGGAUUCUGGGAUUCUCAGAGUCUGGCAUGACAAGGACAAGGACACAUCCUCUGACCCACUCCUGGAACUGAGAGUGGGCCCUGGGGUGUGUAGGAUGCGCCAAGACCCAGCACACCCCCAUGUGGUUGCCACAGGUGGGAAAGAGAAUGCUUUGAAGAUAUGGGACCUGCAGGGCUCUGAGGAACCUGUGUUCAGGGCCAAGAACGUGCGGAAUGACUGGCUGGACCUGCGGGUUCCCAUCUGGGACCAGGACAUACAGUUUCUGCCAGGAUCACAGAAGCUUGUCACCUGCACAGGGUACCACCAGGUCCGUGUCUAUGAUCCAGCAUCCCCCCAGCGCCGGCCAGUCCUAGAGACCACCUAUGGAGAGUACCCACUGACAGCCAUGACCCUCACUCCGGGAGGCAACUCAGUGAUUGUGGGAAACACUCAUGGGCAGCUGGCAGAAAUUGACCUUCGGCAAGGGCGUCUACUGGGCUGUCUGAAGGGGCUGGCAGGCAGUGUGCGUGGGUUGCAGUGCCACCCUUCAAAGCCUCUACUAGCCUCCUGUGGCUUGGACAGAGUCUUGAGGAUACACAGGAUCCAGAAUCCACGGGGUCUGGAGCAUAAGGUUUAUCUCAAGUCUCAAUUGAACUGCCUCCUCUUGUCAGGCAGGGACAACUGGGAGGAUGAGCCCCAAGAGCCUCAAGAACCCAACAAGGUGCCCCUAGAAGACACAGAGACAGAUGAACUUUGGGCAUCCUUGGAAGCAGCUGCUAAGCGGAAGCUCUCGGAUUUGGAGCAGACCCAAGGAGCUCUCCAAACGAGACGGAGAAAGAAGAAGCGGCCUGGAUCCACCAGCCCCUGACGCCCCUGUGCCCACUUUGUAAAUAAACUGCUGAACACCCA